UCAGCAACACCUUACCCAUUUCUGACAGAAAGCUCGUCUUCUUGUUUGACAAGAAGCUGCCUCUCAGGUUCUCCUCUGUUUUGCUGCGGCUGAUCCAUCAGUCACUCAUUCACAGCUGGGCGCCACCAUGAGCCUAAAGAAACUCAGUUUCAAAUGGUUCGGCAGCCUAACCAACAUCUCUUUUCGCCGCUCCACGGAGAAAUCAGACUCAAAGGCCUCCAAGUCCAAGUCUGGACAAGAGGGUGAAUGUUCUGCCUCAGGACAGUUAGGUCCUAUUGUUGAGACAACACUGGAUGAUAUGGGGGCAAUGAGACCUCGCACUGCCAGCUAUGUGCGCUCCAGUCAGGAUUACACACAUGUGGGCACGCUGCCUCGACUGCUGACGAGAAAGAAGGACAAACAGUGCAAAGGAACUCUAAGCAGUAGCAAGAAGACUAAAGACAAGAGCAGCAUCACCAGAAGUCAGAGUCAGAGACCUGCAGGAGAAAAGAGAGAGGUUUUAGUGACACUCUCAGAUUCCUCGGCCAAGACGUCUAAGUGUAAAGAAAAAGAUACAACUGACGCUCUGAUGGAAGAAGUCCACUCAGCUGAGGCGGAGGACAAGAUCCCAGAUGUUUCUUCAGCUGAUUCCAAAACACAGUCUGAACAUGGAGAAGAUGUAGCAGUCAUCCAAAAAAGCCCUGCUGAACCCACUGUUCCUAGUGAAGAAGUGCUGCCAUCUGGUGGCCCAGGUGCAGCACUUCAAUCCACAGAUAGAAAUGCAGAGGAGACUGCUGUUAGCCAGGAAGUCGAAGAAGCUAUUGAAAGUGAUGGAUUGGAGUUAAAUGAGAAGGAAAGGGACUCGGAGAAGAGAAAAGGCUAUGACAUUUACUGCCACAUGAAGCCGACAGAAGCCCCUAAAGAACAACUUCAGUUCUCAAAGGAGAAAUACCUUUUGGAGUCUCCCCCUGAGAAGCUUCGUAAAGAACUGGAAGAGGAGUUGAAACUGAGCCCCUCUGACAUCAGGAGCCAUGGCUGGUACCAUGGACACAUACCCAGAGAGGUGUCCGAGUCUCUGGUUUUGCGAAACGGGGAUUUCCUUGUGCGAGAUUCUCUGACCAAUGUUGGUGAUUAUGUUCUGACCUGUCGGUGGGACAAUGAGGUUCUCCACUAUAAGAUCAGCAAAGUUCUGGUGAAAUCCAAUGAGACUAAGGUGCAGUAUAUGUUGGAGUCAGACAGUUUUGACUCCGUUCAGGAGCUUGUGCGUUUUUACGUUGGCCAACGCAAAGCGGUCUCCCAGUCCAGCAGCGCCCACAUCUACUGUCCCGUCAGUAGGACUCUACCUCUGCGCUACCUGGAGGCAACCUUCGCCCUCUCCAACAGCAAGCAUGGCUCCGCCUACUCGCCAUCAAGCCAGAGGGGUGCGUACAUCAAGAGGCGGAGCGUCACCAUGACCGACGGGCUGACGACAGAAAAGAUGAUGCCUCACAGUGACUCAGACAGCCCCAGUCCUGUUGAGACACCAGCAGCACCACCAGAACCAGAGCCGGAGCCUUUGUCCGAUUGCAGCCCAUCAACCAUCCACCAUCAUAAAGACGCAAUGCGCAAUUGUGCAAUGAGUAUGGACCAGAUUCAGGAGUACCGCUGCCCCUUGUCGCCUGUUGGGGAAACCCCGCUGUCUCCAGCAUACAGUGCUAUCACCAGGCAGAGAGCCCAUUCAGGCGGACGGGUCCUGGCUGUCGUACCUCCCUCCCCCGUGAUACGCCGUUCCAGCGACCCUCAGCUCAGCCCCUCAGAUGGUAGUGCUCCUGCAGAAUUUCCCACACAAACCUGUCACUCCGCACACUCCUCACCUGCUCAUCAUGCUGCCUACCAAUCGCACUCCUCUGAGACGGCAGGGAGUUACUGUGACCUCAGACCCUGCCCCUCUGGGCCACCCAAACCCCCAGCUAAGAGCUAUGUGGAGCGAUUGCGAGUGGAAGAAGGAGGGAAAGGAGAAGCCAGAGAGGAAGGAGAGAGGACUUUCAGUCCCCCAGUGGUGGAGUCAACCUCCUUAUUCAGGCCAUCCAGGUAUGAGUCUUGCCUUCUUCCUGCUGAAAAUAAACCUCUGGAGAUGUCUGUGCUGAAGAGAGUAAAAGAACUGCUGGGUGAGGUUGAUGCCAGUACUGCAGCUAAACACAUCACCCUCGCGGACUGCAAGGUUGCUAGAAUAUUAGGUGUAACGUCAGAGAUGCAAAGGAUGAUGGGAGUGUCCUCAGGGUUGGAGUUGCUUACGUUGCCACAUGGACAUCAGCAGAGACUUGACUUGUUGGAGAGGUUUUACACCAUGUCUAUCAUGAUGGCAGUGGACCUCCUUGGCUGUACAGGAAGUACAGAGGAGAGAGCAGCCCUGCUUCAUAAAACCAUCCAGCUGGCAGCAGAAUUGAAAAGUAACCUGGGAAACAUGUUUGGUUUUGCUGCUGUGAUGCGAGCUCUGGAGAUGCCUCAGAUUUCACGCCUGGAGCAGACAUGGGUGACCUUACGCCAGAGACAUACAGAGGGCGCUAUUUUGUAUGAGAAGAAACUCAAACCGUUCUUGAAGAACAUGAAUGAUGGCAAAGAAUCCAGCGUCAUAUCCAACACCUCCUUCCCCCACGUCCUCCCUGUCCUGUCUUUGCUGGAGCGGGGCGCCGCCGUCGGAGAGGUACUAGAGCCCUGGGAAAGCUCGGAGGCGGGAGUGGACGUGGUCAUGCACCACCUAGAGGCUGCACGCACCAUUGCACAUCACGGGGAGAUCUACAAAAAUACAGCUGAGAGCAAACUGCAGGGAUUCCAGGAGCAACCUGAGAUACGAGAGGUCUUCCAGACGGAGUUUCAGAUGCGUCUACUAUGGGGUAGCCGCGGCUCUGAGGGCAGCCAAUCAGAGCGCUACGAGAAGUUUGACAAAGUUCUCACAGCUUUGUCUCACAAACUAGAGCCUCCUGUGCGCCACAGCGAGCUAUAGCAUCUGCCCUGUAUCUUCCGAUCGCCAAAACACUCUUGUUGCACUUACCACUCACAGUGGUGUGGUUUUGUUUAGUGCUGAAAACUGGGAUGGAGAUGAUGACGCUGAUGUGGACAAGGAGGGAGUGAUUGAGGAGGCAGCUAUAAGCGCACGAGAACAUUUCCUGUUGUUGGACAUGUGUUGCACUCACUGUGGAACAGG